AAUUAAAUUUUAGAUCGUUGGUAUCACACCCCUCUCUCUCCUUUCGUUUCGAAAACACACAGCCCUAUCUUUCUCUCUCUACCGUUCCUCUCGCAUCCCCACAGGGUUUUGUGUUGCGAUUUGUUUUGAGGAUAUGGAUAAUUCCGAGACCAAGGAUUGCGUGAGAGUGGCAGUUAACAUCAGACCUCUGGUGACCUCAGAGCUUCUGGUUGGCUGCACAGACUGCAUUGCCGUUGUUCCCGGAGAACCACAGGUUCAAAUUGGAUCACAUGUAUUUACAUUCGACUAUGUCUUCGGCAGCACUGGAUACCCGUGUUAUCGGAUUUUUGAUGAAAGCGUUGCUCCCAUUGUCGAUGCCCUUUUUCAUGGUUAUAAUGGCACUGUGCUAGCAUAUGGCCAGACUGGAUCGGGAAAAACAUACACAAUGGGGACAAACUACAAUGGAGAAGAACGUAAUGGUGGAAUUAUUCCUAAAGUGAUGGAAACUAUAUUCUCCAGAGUAGAGGCAACUAAGGACUCAACUGAAUUUCUAAUUAGAGUAUCUUUUAUUGAGAUAUUUAAGGAAGAGGUAUUUGAUCUACUGGAUCAAAGCCCACCGGCUCUUUCCCGAGGAGAUGGGGUGUCUCUAGCAAAGCCUGCUGGUGGACCUGCAAGAGUUCCUAUCCAAAUCAGAGAAACUACAAAUGGGGGAAUAACACUUGCUGGUGUGACGGAGGCAGAGGUCAGGACAAAAGAAGAAAUGGCUUCAUUUCUAUUGCGUGGUUCAUUAGCUCGUGCUACUGGGAGCACUAACAUGAAUAGCCAAUCAAGUCGCUCACAUGCUAUAUUUACAAUAUCAAUGGAACAAAAGAAAAAUACUUCUUGUCCAACUGGGGCUACUCAAGAUGAUGGUGGUGAUGAUAUUCUGUCUGCAAAACUGCAUUUAGUGGACCUUGCUGGUUCUGAACGGGCGAAGCGAACAGGAGCAGAUGGGAUGCGUUUCCGUGAAGGUAUUCAUAUCAAUAAGGGACUGCUGGCCCUUGGUAACGUGAUUAGUGCAUUGGGAGAUGAGAAGAAGCGAAAAGAAGGAGGUCAUGUUCCAUAUCGUGAUAGCAAGUUAACACGCCUCUUACAGGAUUCCCUUGGACGAAACAGAAAAACAGUUAUGAUAGCUUGUGUAAGUCCAGCAGACACAAAUGCAGAGGAGACCCUAAACACUUUGAAGUAUGCAAAUCGUGCUCGCAACAUUCAAAACAAAGCGAUUAUCAACCGUGACCCAAUGGCAGCUCAAAUGCAAAGAAUGCGAAGUCAAAUUGAACAAUUGCAGGCUGAGCUUCUUUUCUUUCGUGGAGACUCGGGUGCAUCAUUUGAGGAACUUGAGAUUCUCAAGCACAAGAUCUCUUUGCUUGAAGCAAGCAAUGCAGAGCUACGGGUGGAACUUCAAGAACGUCGAAUUGCUUGUGAACAUCUCACACAACGCGCUCUAGAUGCUCAGGUUGAAAAAGAUAAAUUGGUUAUGAAAAUUGAAUCAGCUCGAAAUGGUAAAUCUUGGGAUGAGAUUGACUCUAAUUCAGAUCAGGAUUUUGAUUUGGUGAAGACUUACGUGUCAAAAAUUCAAGAACUAGAAGGACAACUGUUGCGCUUGCAAAAUUUAAAUAGUUCAAAAGAAUCAAAACAUAGUGUAUUUGUUGUUGAUUGUCUUGAGUUGGAUGAUAAUGGGCUUCACUCAAAAAAUUCAUAUUCCACAAGUAUUCACGAGCUUUCAUCUGGAUCUGAUAUAAAAGAUGUCAACAUAAAUGGUGAGGUUGAAGACGAGGUGAAAGAGCUAGAACAUUCUUCUCUUCAAGAAACAUUAGAUAGGGAGCUCAAAGAAUUGGACAAAAAGCUUGAACAAAAGGAGGCUGAAAUGAAGCGAUUUGCAAGUACUGAUACCUCAGUUCUUAAGCAACAUUAUGAGAAGAAAGUUCACGAAUUGGAACAUGAGAAGAGGACUCUGCAGAAAGAGAUUGAACAACUGAGGCACAAUCUUCAAAAUAUUUCAUCUGGUUCUGACGAAAAUACUCAAAAGCUGAAGGAGGAUUAUCUUCAUAAGUUGAAUGUCCUUGAAGCACAGGUUGCAGAGUUGAAGAAGAAACAAGAUGCUCAAGCUCAACUCCUGAGACAGAAACAGAAAAGUGAUGAGGCAGCAAAACGACUGCAGGAUGAGAUUCAUAGAAUAAAGACCCAAAAGGUUCAACUACAACAAAAAAUAAAGCAAGAAUCUGAGCAAUUUAGAUUGUGGAAAGCAUCACGGGAAAAAGAAGUUCUUCAGCUUAAGAAAGAGGGAAGAAGGAAUGAGUAUGAAAUGCACAAGCUACUAGCUUUGAACCAGAGGCAAAAGAUGGUUUUGCAACGAAAGACAGAAGAAGCUGCUAUGGCUACAAAACGACUAAAAGAGCUGUUAGAAGCUCGAAAAGUUUCAUCACGUGAUGCUGGAAAUGGCAAUGGUCCUGGAAUUCAGGCAUUGAUGCAGGCAAUUGAGCAUGAACUUGAAGUCACGGUGCGGGUGCAUGAAGUACGUUCAGAAUAUGAGCGGCAAAUAGAAGAGAGGUCUAAAAUGGCCAAGGAAGUGGCAGAGCUGAAGGAAGAAGCACAAAAGUUGAAGCAAAUAAAUUUAAGUGGUUGCCCCCAAACAAUGUCUCCUGGUGCAAGAAAUUCAAGAAUUUUUGCACUCGAGAACAUGCUUGCCACUUCAUCGAGUACCCUUGUUUCUAUGGCAUCACACUUGUCUGAAGCAGAAGAGCGUGAAAGGGCUUUUAGCGGCAGAGGACGUUGGAACCAAGUUCGGUCUCUCGCUGAAGCAAAAAAUCUAAUGAAUUAUCUAUUUAACUUAGCAUCCUCCUCCAGGUGUCAGUUAUGGGAUAAAGAAGUUGACUGUCGAGAGAAGGAUUCAGAAAUAAGAGAAUUGAAGGAGAAGAUUGUCAGCUUGGUUAGACAAAUCGAAAUGCAAAAAGGUGCACUUAUUCGUCAAGAAAAGAUGCUGAAAUUAAGUAUGAAGAAACACUCAGCGGACAAUACAACAAAAUCUGGUACUUCUAUCCAAAAUUAUGGGGAAGGGCAUGUGUAUGACUUGCGGCCCAAGGGAUUGCGGAGCUCCAUGGUUUUCAACAACGGGAAGGAUAAUAGUAACAUUCAGAUAUUGGAGGACAUGGAAAUAUCUGAAUCAGAUCAUUCAGAUCUCGAUGCAGCUGAUGAUGAAUGGGCUCAAUCUGACAUCGAAGAUGACACAGAGUGGGAAGCUUCCGGAAGACAGCAAGUUAAGAGAAGGAACUCUAAAAAUAAUAAAGGCCGUUUGGGAAACCCGUCACUUCUAACAGAUAUCAGUGACUCUGAAAGUCUAAAAAUAGAGUCUUCCGGUGAUGGAACAAUCGCUGGGAACCAGAAAACUGCAUCAGGAGUCUGUUGCACGUGUAGUAGAGGUUCUCUGUGCAAGACAAUGAGAUGCGAAUGUCGAGCUGGAGGGGGUAGUUGUGGGAUUUCAUGCAAUUGUUCAUCCAACAAAUGCAGCAACAGAGAAGGGUCUUCUCAAAUCAAGACCGUUGAUCACUUGCCGAAAUCAGAACCGGCUGAUGAAGGAGAUAAUGAUGCAACAGAGAAGAGUCAAAGUCUUGCUUCUCAGGGUGCAAUGCUACUUCAGAGUGCAUUAACUGAAAAACCUGCCGAAACAAACGAUGAAAAUGUGCCGCCUGGAAGGAAGGCUUUAUCUGACAUCGGGAAUACCUUGGUUAAAUCCAAUGCGCCGAAACCUAGUCAGAGGAAGAAAUGGAAGAAAUCAAUGAUUCAGCUUGUUCCUGUAGCCCCAACUUCUCAGCUAGAGAGCAAUGAAGUCCAGAAGAAACCAGAAAGCAGCACCAUUGGGGUGGAAAUUCCUUCACAGUUGCCUCGGGCUAUGCGAUCUGCAGCAGCAUCAAAUAGCAGCAACCUAUUGAGAGAGAGGAAUUCUGAACAGUUGGAUGCUUCUUCUGUUGUAAAUAAGGAAGGUGGCGCUCCACCUCCAUUGCAGCAGCCUCAAAGAACUAGAAAUGAGAAAGAGAACCGAGGUGGCCUUUGAAAAACACUCAACAAUAUGAAAACAAAUCCAGAUUUACCCUGAAAUUUGGGUUGAUUUACAUCUAACAGAAGCAACAGUAAUGUGAUGUUUGAGGAUUGGAUCGAUCCUCCAUUGAUAGACUUUAUCUGAUUGCUGUAGCAGACUGUAAAAUUGAUGUGAUUUAGUUGAACAGCAUUAUUAUGCUCAGCAGUACCAUUCAUGUAAGUUAGUUGAACAGCUACUGUAUUAAGCAGUUUGUUCUAUUGCUGUUUGCUAUACAGCCAUUGUUGUUUUUGUGUACUCAGAUUCAAGUUUCUUUCAUAUUUACACUGUUUGGACUGAUUGAGGGGUUUGAUCAGAAAAGAAAAGCAAAUAAAAGAAAUGGUGAGAAUUGAAAAUC